CUCCAUUCCGGCACACCCACCUGCUGCUUGGCAGCUUCAUGUGCGAUGGUCUAUAUCCAGGCAUGGCAAGAGUACCAAGAUGCUGCUGAGGCCUUGUAUACUAAAUCCCCGAACAUCACGCGAUACUGUGUCAAAUGGAAGGCGUCCGAGGGAAAACUGGUGCUGAAAAUCACAGAUAACACGAAGUGCAUCAAAUUCAAGACGUCCUCAUCCGUCUUCCUCAACCGCUUCGAGGCCCUCAAUCUUUCUUUGAUGCAGAAGAUGCAGAACAGGCAGCAGCCGAAAGUACCGGACCACUCCUCACCCCCACCGCCUGUUUCUUCAUCCGCCCCCAUCGAUGCCACAGCAACCGUUGUCCCCAGCGCGGGCGGAGCCCCGGCUGCUGGCGGUGCUGCUAAGAAGAAGAAACCGAAAAAGAAGAAGUAGUGUCUCUGUAUCUAAACAGUGCGCACGGGUGGAGUAGGGUCAUGGAACUAUCGGGAUGUUGUCGCGAAGCUUGCACACGUCGGAUCUUCUUACCGCCUUGGCUCGGAUGCAGAGGGAUGGAUGGUGCGACAGGAUUCGGACACACAUGUAUCCUUGACGCUUCUCGACCGGACGUCGGACUUGCCUAUCAACGCUUUUCAUGACCCUGUCCGCAAUCUCAAUGCACUGUUCCACUUCGCUUGCACUGGCGUGUUCUCCGCGGCUGUCACCGCCUUACGUCUGAUGAGACGCCUAGCUGUGCGCCAUUAUCUAUGCCCGGGCGGGCAUUCAGGUACACUCUCCUGCGGUGCCACAUCCUUUGGCGCACGAAAUUGAAGUCACU